AUGGCUGAAGGAGUCCAGCAGCGGCUGGCCUGGAUCUUGGAGUUUAUGAGCAAGGAGCAGCUGAGGGAGUUCCUGCUGCGGCUGCCUGAUAAGGAUCUCUGCCAGCAUUCUCCUGGGGCGACCCCAGCUCAACCAGAGGAGGUGGGUGGCAUGGAGGUGGCCUCAUGCCUGGUGGCUCAACACGGGGAGCAGCAGGCCUGGGACCUGGCCCAGAAGACCUGGGAGCAGAUGGGCCUGAGCCAGCUGUGUGCCACAGCCCGGAAAGAGCCAGCUAUGAAGUCAGAAAUCAAAGAAAAAUACCAGAAUCAAAGGAGAGAGAGCUGCUGCCCCACACAGUCAUGGAGAAAUGAGUAUUUGCACCAAAAAUUCACACAACUGCUACUUCUACACAGAUCUCAACACAGAGGCUAUGACUUCCUGCUCAGGAGAAGAAGGAAUCAUGAGGUGGUAGAUGAACAAGGACAGUUGAUGGAGAUUGGAGACUUAUUUGGCCCAGGCCUGAGGACCCAGGAGGAGCCUCCCACUGUCGUGGUGCAUGGAGUUGCUGGAAUCGGGAAGUCAACACUGGCCAGGCAGGUGAGGAGAGCCUGGGAGGAAGGCUGGCUGUUCAGGAACCGCUUCAAGCAUGUCUUCUACUUCAACUGCAGAGAGCUGGCCCAGUCAGAGACCAUGAGUCUCGCUGAGCUCAUCACGAAAGACUGGGCUGCUCCUGAUGCUCCCAUUGGGCAGAUCCUGUCUCAGCCAGAGCAGCUGCUCUUCAUUCUUGAUAACAUAGAUGAACCAAAAUGGGACUUGAAGGAGCAGAGUUCUGAGCUCUGUCCACACUGGAGCCAGCAGCAGCAGGUGCACACACUGCUGGGCAGUUUGCUGAAGAAAACCUUACUUCCCACGACUUCCCUGCUGAUCACAGCUCGGAUCACAGCUCUGAGAAAACUCAUUCCUUCUUUAAAGCAUCCUCGCUGGGUGGAGGUCCUGGGAUUCUCCGAGUCGGCCAGGAAGGACUAUUUCUUCCAAUAUUUCACAGAUGAGAGCCAAGCGAUUAGAGCCUUUACCUCGGUUGAAUCCAACCCGGCUCUCUUCACCAUGUGUCUCAUGCCCUUGUCGUACUCGCUGGUCUGCACUUUGCCUGAAGCAGCAGAUGUGCCAGGAGCAACCACUCUUCACUGACCUCCCAGACGACCACAGCCCUUCUGUCUGCACUACUUUUUCCACGUUCUCCAGCUUCAGUCCCUCGCUAAGCUGAGGGACUUCUGCUCUCUGGCUGCUGAAGGCACCUGUCAAGGAAAGACUCUGUUCAGCCCCGAGGACUUCAGGAAACACGGGUUAGAUGAAACCAACAUCUCCACUCUCUUAAACAUGGGUGUUCUUCAAGAGCACCCCACCACGCAGAGCUACAGCUUCAUUCACCUGUGCUUCCAGGAGUUCUUUGCAGCAAUGUCCUAUGCUUUAGGCAAUGGAGUGUUGAAAGGUGAUUGCUUUAAUAACAUCAAAAUUAUAACAGACUUGACAGAUGUAUAUGACAGGCAUGACCUAUUUGAAGAACCAACCACAUGUUUCCUAUUUGGCCUUUUGAGUGAUCAGGGGAUGAGAGAGAUGGAGAGCAUCUUCAAAUGCAGCCUGUCUCGGGAGAGGCAUUGCUCUCUGCUGCACUUGGCCAAGAGUGAGGUCCUUGCCAAGUAUCUGAACCUAGACACAUAUUCUUGGCAUUUGCUGCACUGUUUUUAUGAGAUUCAGGAUGAAAACUUUAUGAAAAAUAUUUUCAUUCCCUUUACAUUGAGGAUAUGUGUCCAAACUGACAUGGAGCUCCUGCUGUUCACUUUCUUCUUUACAUUCUGCCACCGCAUUGAAAGGCUUCAACUGAAUGAGGAUGAACAGCACAGACAAGCAGGAAGGACUUCCGGUGCAUUUCUGUACAACUGGGGACUGUUUACAGAUUCCUGGUGGCAGAUGUUCUUCUCUAUUCUCAAAGUCCCUGGAAGCCUGCGGGAGCUGGACCUGAGUGGGAAUUCUCUGAGCUGCUCUGCAGUACAGAGUCUUUGUGACGCCCUGAAAAGCCCUCACUGCCACCUGGUGACCUUGAGGCUGGUCAGCUGUGGCCUCACAUACAACUGCUGCAAGGACCUGGUCUCCAUGCUCCAAGACAACUUCAUGCUGUCAGAUUUGGACCUGUGGCAGAACGACCUGGGUGACCUUGGCGUGAAGCUGCUCUGUGAAGGGCUCAGACAGUCUAACUGCCAACUCAAGCACCUGUGGCUGGACCAGACUCAGCUGAGUGAGGAGGUGAAAAAGAUGCUGAGUCUCCUGCAGCAGGAGAAGCCUCAGCUGGUCAUCAGCAGCAGACAGCUGGGCAAGCCUCGGUGGAGUGAGGAGGUGACAGAGAUGCAGGACACCCAAAGGCAUAAGAAACGUCACCGGAUCACCAGCAAUCGGCCUCUGAGCAGCAUUGGAUUAGAAGUGAAGGAGAGCUCCCCUCAAGUAUUACAGAAACCCUACUCUCUGUCAUCUUGUGAACCUCUGCGGAACCAACCACUUGAGCCUCUAAGGAUGGAUGAUGACUUCUGGGGCCCUACAGGGCCUGUGGCUACAGAGAUGGUUGACAAACACAGGAGUCUGUACCGAGUUCACUUCCCUGUGGCUGGUUCCUACCACUGUCCCAACGUGGGUCUCUACUUUGUGGUAAGAGAGCCAGUGACCAUCGAGUUUGAAUUCUGUGUUUGGGACCAGUUCCUGGACCAGAUUGUCCCACAACACAGCUGGAUGGUUGCAGGGCCUCUUUUUGACAUCAAGGCUGAACCAGGAGCUGUGGAAGCUGUGUACCUCCCUCACUUUAUAGCCCUCCAAGGGCAACAUAUGGACAUAUCCUGGUUCCAAGUGGCCCACAUUAAAGAGGAUGGGAUACUCAUGGAGAAGCCAGCCAGUGUGGAGCCACAUUACAUAGUCCUGGAGAACCCUAGCUUCUCCCCCAUGGGCGUUCUACUGAGAAUGAUCCACACAGCCCUGUGCAUUCCUGUCAUCUCCAACGUGUUGCUCUACUAUCGCCUCCAAUCCGAGGAAGUCAACUUCCACCUCUACCUAAUCCCCAGCGACUGUACCAUUCAAAAGGCCAUAGAUGAUGAGGAAAAGAAGUUCCAGUUUUUUCAAAUACGCAAGCCACCUCCGCUGACACCACUCUACAUGGGCUCCCGAUAUACUGUGUCUGGUUCAGACAAGUUGAAAAUAAUCCCUGAGGAACUGGAGCUCUGCUAUCGAAGCCCUGGGAAACCCCAGCUCUUCUCUGAGUUCUACGUUGGUCAUCUGGGGUCGGGGAUCUGGCUGCAGAUUAAAAGCAAAGACGAUGAGACUGUGGUAUGGGAGGCCUUGGUGAAAUCAGAGGAUGUGAUGGAAACCCUUUCUUAUUCAUUACUGGCCUCACUUUCAUCCCCAGAUGCCCCUACUUUGCUGCACUUUGUGGACCAGCAUCGGGAGGACCUGGUGACUCGAGUGACAUCGGUGGACGCAGUCCUAGACAAGCUGCAUGGACAGGUGCUGAGCGAGGAGCAGUAUGAGAGGGUGCGGGCUGAGCCCACCAAUACAGAAAAGAUGAGGACACUGUUCAGUUUCAGCAAGUCCUGGGACUGGGCCUGCAAAGAUCAACUCUACCGAGCCCUGAAGAAGACCCAUCCUCACCUAAUUGUGGAUCUCUGGGAGAAGUGACACAGUGGAGAGGAGACUA